AUGGAAGCAACUGAGAGCCUUUCCCAAGGCCAAGCAGCUGCAAUAGCAGCAGCAACAGCAGCAGCAGAGAAUCUGGCCCAAAGAGCCAGAGAGGCCUUUGCUGCAGCGACUGCAGCAGCAGCAGCAGCAGCAGAACCCCACAGUCCCACCCUUAAGCCAGGUGAGCUGCAGGAAGGGCAGGGAGGAGGAGACAGCCACGGCAGUACGGCUGGGUGCUGCUGGUGCUGCUGCUGGCGGUGCUGCUGCAGCUGCUGCUGGCUUUUAAUGUUGUUAGAGCAAGAAUCCGCUUCGGGGUCAAACCCCCAGAGACCUACGCAGUUAAAGCACGCGGUGGAGAUGUACACGAUAUUCAUUCCUUUGCUGCUGGCUGGGGGCCUCGCGAGUCCGUUGGCUUCGGCCUUCGGAGGCUUUUUGUUUCUCCUCGGCACUUUCGUCUACGCCCUCGGCUACUACUCAGGCGAAGCUGCAAAUCGAAAGUGGGGCUCCUUCCAGCUCGUAGGAUUGGUGAUAUGCAUGGCCACAACUCUACUACAGGCCAUUCAGCUGCUGCGCAGCGCCUGA